AUGAUUGGACCACUCUUUCUGAUCGCAAAGAAAGACGCAAAGUUCAAAACCGACUAUACCAACGAGCAACCCAAUCCUCAACAUAUAACUCCUCUACGCUCGAAACUAGAAGAUGUACACCAAGGUCAUCAGCGCGGCGAACUUUUGCCAACCCCGGCGGUGUAUCAGGCGACUCCUGACCGAGAGAAACCGUGGAAACACAAUUUGACCAAUAUAAAAAGAUUCCGUGAUUUGGUUCUGAUGCUCGACAAGAUGGACACGCGCUUGGUUGAUCGCAUAUGUUUCCCGCUCACACUAGACCACCUCAUCCCUACUGUUUACACAAACAUGUUUCGAGCCUUGCUCACUAAUUCUAUGAUAAUAUGGGGCGGUGUUGAACCAUUUUUACCUUGUCAGUAUGAACCACUUAUAAAGAUUAGCAGGAAAAUCCACGUAGCAUGCUGGUGUCGCUCCCCUGAAUCUAACCCAAAACCACCCGACACGAUCAAAGCAAUCGUUAGCCUCCCCCUUCCCACAGCUCUCCCGCCAUCCCUCCACCCAACCCCCCUUCAACAACAUACGCCUCACCCGCCAUGGAUGGACAUCUUCCCAAUACCCUCCAUACGCGACGCCUUCAUCAGCUCCUGGCUUUCUGGCAAAACCGGUGUCUCAGGCAAGAAACUCGGCUCCACCGAAUGCGCGCUCGCAUUCGAUCUCCUUGGUCCGACCAAUAACAGCCGAUGCGGAGGUGGAUGUUGCGUCGAUGAAGAGGGGGAAAGGGAUGAUGUGCUCGGGCUGAUUGUUUGGGGGGAUCCUUGGGUGCCCGGGAAUUGGGAGAUUACGGAGCGUUUUAUGAGAAGGUGGGGAUGGGUUAUGAGGGGAUGUUGGAGAGAGGUUUUGAGGGAUACGAAUAAGUGGAGGGGGGUCAGGGGGUUGGAGCCUUUGAAGUGGGUUGAAGAUGGAGCUGAGUGA